AUGGUACAGUUUGCGGCAGAAUCAAAUCCAGAAAUUGAUAAUGUUGUAUUGCAAAAUGCUCCACAAAAUGCUCAAUACAUUGCUCCAAGUAUUCAAAAAGAGAUGUUGCACAUUAUGGCCAAUAGAUUAACAUUGAUUUCUGCAGCUAGAGAUGUUGAUGUUAUUUGGCAAUUCUUUUCUCAUUUGGACAAUAUUAUCAAUAUUAUCACUUCUUCUCCAAAACGCAUUACUGAGUUGCAAGCUGCUCAAAGAAAAGAAGUUGAGCGUAUGUUGGCUAUUGGAGAACGUGAGUCAGGAAGUGGGGCCAAUCAAGUGGGUAAUUUGCAACAAUCUGGAUCUACUCGUUGGAGUUCUCAUUAUGACUCUACAAAGAGCUUGAUAGACAUGUACAACGCAACUUGCAAGGUGUUUGAGUAUCUUAGUGUCCAUUUUUUGAAGGGAAGAUCUCGAGCUGAAACUAUUGGUGCUUACAAACAAUUAAAAAGUUUUGAUUUUGUGUUCAGCUUGCAUUUAAUGCAUAACAUUAUGAGAAUCACUGAUGUUCUUUGUCAAACACUUCAAAGGAAAUCUCAAGAUAUCUUGGCUGAUAGCUUUUAUAAGGUUAGUCCUUGUUGUUUUCGUGAUCAGAUUAUAGUGGAGCAUCAUUAUCACUUUGAUGUUUUCAAUGAAACAAUAGAUUUUAUAUUGAUGGAGUUAAAUACAAGAUUUAAUGAUACAUUAGUAGAGCUUCUCUCUCUCAGUGCAACUUUAGAUCCCAGAAACUCAUUUGAAUCAUUUAACAGUCGUGAUAUUUGUACACUUGUAGAAAAAUUCUUUCCUGAAGAUUUUUCACGACAAGACAUUUGUGAUUUGGAAUAUGAGCUGCAACAUUACGAGCUAGAUAUGAAGAGUGAUCCUUGUUUUCAAGUUUCUACACUUGUUGAGUUAUGUUGUAUUUUGUUUGAGAGUGGAAGGUCGGAGACUUAUAUUACGGUGAUUAAGUUGUUUCGUCUUAUAUUGACUUUACCUGUUUCUACUGCGACUACUGAGCGAGCAUUUUCACCAAUGAAACAUGUGAAGAUAGAACUUCAUAGCAAAAUGGAGGAUGACUUUCUUUCUGAUUGUAUGAUACUCAACAUUGAAUGGGAACUUGCUGAGAAAAUAGAUCUAAAUUCUAUUGUAAAUGAAUUUUAUGUUUCAAAAUCUCGUUGA